AACAGUUCUGCCUUAUUAUUCGCCCAUCGUAAACCGAAAUUGAAAAAGAUAAUAACAAAUGACCCAUUAUCACUAUCAGCACAAAUGGCGCAUCCGACAAUCAAAGAUAAACAUCCGUAUCAAUGCGAUCCGAUGCCAAAUGUGCGAUAAGCCGAUUAAGGGAGUGGUAUUUUAGCAAAUAAUUGUGGAGAAAUUAGUUGUUUUUCACAGUGAGCAAUAAAUCGUCAAAUGGCAAAUGUAAAAUCAACAUAAGCCACACAAAAUGACGACGUGUUAAAUGCCAAUUAAGAGCAAAUAUCACCUGUGGCUAAUGAAAAUGUGCAAUUUAAUACAACACAAACAAAUGUGCAAGUAACAAAUAAUGACAAAAUACACAAAUAUAAACAGAUAAAGGUCAUUCCGUAAACUUAAACUGAAAUGAGUGGCAAAAGCGAUACGGAUAAAUAUCAAUAAUUGCAAAAUAAAACCCUUGAGUUGAACGCCCUUUUUUUUUAACCGGAAUAAAGAAGUAGCAGCUGAAGGAGAAACAGGCCAACAGCGAUUUCCCUCAGGGAUCCCGAACGAUCUCGGUUGCGCGAAACAUGCCCGGCACCUCGUAUCCCACGAAUAACGAUAAUUUCAGCAACGGAUUUCCGAUGGCCACCACACAAAGUGAGCGCCUCUUGCAGGCCCAGAAUCGAAGAAAGUUCAGUUUUCCAGCCACACUGCAUUCCGCAUCCCUUCUGGAGGUGGGUGGUGGUCCCAAGGAGACCACGAGGCGGAGGUUGAGCAAUGUCAGCGAUGCCGUCACCAGGAAACUCUCCUACACGAUUGGCUGGAAGGCGGCACAGAUUCCAGCGCAGGAUAUCAUUUCUCAGGGUCGUUGCCUGUGCGGUCAUUAUAUCAAGAGACGUCUCAGAAGAUCCGGUUUGUUCAACAAAAAGCUGGGACUGCAGCGCAUACGUAGCAUACUGGGCUCCACCUCCAUGGGCAUUGUGCGCGAUGUGUUUCCAGCGGUCCAAGUGCUGGGCGAUGAACUGGAGCGCAUGCAUCCCCGGAUAUACAACGGAGUAGCUCGUCAGAUUUGCCGGAAUCCGGGUGGUGAGUUCCAUACUCCGGAUGCUGUGAGCUUGCUUUUGGGAGCCGUGGGUCGCGAGCUCUUCCGUGUGGAGAUUACGUGGAGCAAGGUGAUCUCUCUGUUCGCCAUCGCCGGUGGGCUGUCCGUUGAUUGUGUGCGCCAAGGACAUCCGGAAUACUUGCCCAAGCUGAUGGAGAGCGUUUCCGAGGUGAUCGAAGAUGAGCUGGUGCCGUGGAUUAACGAGAAUGGUGGUUGGAGUGGCAUCAACACACACGUUUUACCCACCACCAACAGCCUGAAUCCUUUAGAGUGGACCACUUUGGUCAUAGGCGUGGUUUUUGGCCUAAUUUUAGUUUUUAUGAUUCUGCGAUUUAUAUUUAACUUGAUUGUACCAAAAAUAUACCAACGAUUUACGAAUUCCUAAAC